AUGGCGGGCGAUCUCGAGCAUUACAAGCUGGCCCAGGACCCGGCGUUCGUUCGCCUGUCCAACAUGACCAGCAACCGCUACAAGUACUUCCGUUGGACUCCCCGCACCGCCAGGAUCACUUUGACCUACAUGGUUGUCGUUCCCGCUAUUGUUGGAUACGUUGCGUACAAGUCUGAUGGCAAGUACAACUUCCGGGCUAAGCGGAAAGGUGAUGACAUGCGGGAGUUUUAA